AUGAACAAUAACGUAGAUGGAAGCAACAAUAACGAAAAUGCACAUAUUGAAGAUGAUGAUGAUAGAGUAAAGAACGUUAAAGAAGAAGGAAGUAGCAACAACAAAAGGUUGAAAAUUCUAGAUGAAGAUGAUGAUGGUGAUGGUGAUGAGAAAAGAGAAAUGAACGUUGAAGAAGGAGGAGCCAUUUGCAACAAAUGGUCACAAGUCGGAGAUGAUGUUUUGGGUCUCAUUCUAAAACACUUAGGGGUCAUUGAUUACCUUCAAACCCUAUAUGUAUGCUCUAGUUGGAGAUCCACAAUUAUUAAAUGCAUUGCUAACAAACAUUGUCUUCCAUCACCUGAUCUGUCACUUCUUUUUCUUCAAACAAUUGACAUGGAAAACCUUCCCAUCUUCGACUUGCCCAGAGGAAGAGUCUUCAUCUCCACAAGGUUUCCACACGAAUUCUUCCAUCAUUGCUAUGGCACGAUAGAAGGUUGGAUGAUCAUGGUUGAAUCUAUCAACAAUUCUUUUGAUAAUGCUCAAGAAACUGAUGCACGAAUCUUCUUCUUCAACCCCAUAACAAAUGCUAAGGUCUAUAUGUCAUCAAGGUUGAAAGUAAAAAGUAAAAUUGAGAGUAUUGUGGCAUCAACAGAACCCAAUGACCCAAACUGUGUUGUGGUGUGUCUCUUUUAUCGUCACUAUGUGUUUGCAUUUAGUUGGAUUACUAAUGAGUCAUGGACUAUCAUUGAAGAAGAUGUGUCUACAGCAUUGGCAUUCUUGCAUGUAGAGAUUAUUGACGGAAAAUUGUAUGCUUUGACCCACUCAGUAUUAAAUUCUAUAGUUUUUUAUGAUUUGCAAAAAGAACCCGUAAAACCUAGAAUAUUAGCAAGGCUUCUUGAAGUAGGAUUUGCUAUAAUAAGACAGAAAACGAGUCCUCUUGACUUCCUUUAUGAUGGUGAUGGUUGCAUUAUUAAUUCUUGGGAAGCUCAUGGUGACAUUCUUAGUACUUUGGCGGUUGAUUCUUCAUCAGGAGAGUUAUUCCUUAUUUAUUUGGUUUGCAACUCAAUCUUUAGGUUGAAGGGAAUGCUUAAUGAUACAGCAAGAAAGGAGUAUACCAAUCCACCCAAGACUGUAGAUAGUCGAGUGUUUAAGUUGGAUAUGAGUAAAGAACCUAGAUGGAUAGAAGUUAAGAACUUGGGAAAUUGUACAUUGUUCAAUGGGUUUUGGAAGUGUUUUGUAGUGUCAAAUGAUGCUCUUCAGUGCCCUAAAGAGUUUAUCAAGGGGAAUUGUAUCUAUUUUGCCUAUCGUUUUCCAUGUGUUAAGGGUAUCAUAGACAAAUGGGAAGGCUUGAGAAUUGGGAGGCAUUGUAGGAUUGAUAAGAUGACUGAUUACUAUACAUUUGAAAGUUAA